AAAAGAACGAUUAACAAAUUCUACGCAGCAAGUCUUGUUUUCCUUCUCAAGCGUUAACAAAUUAAAAGAAAACUGUCGGUUCCGUUCCAUUUCUGACGAACUCACAGUAAAACUAUGGACAUCCGAGAGUUCAUCAGCAAACAAACCGGUGUAGCUUUCUCCCUCACCAAGCACCUUUUCUCAACUGAAGCCAAAGACUCCAACCUUGUCUUCUCACCGUUAUCCAUCCACGUGGUGCUCAGCUUGAUUGCAGCUGGAUCCAAGGGUCACACUCUUGACCAACUCCUCUCAUUCCUUAAUUCCAAAUCUAACGAUCAACUUAACUCUUUCUCUUCCGAACUGGUCGCUGUUGUUUUCGCCGAUGGGAGUUCUUCCGGCGGCCCUUCCUUGGCCUUCGCUAACGGUGUUUGGAUCGAUAAGUCACUCUCUUUCAAGGAUUCUUUCAAAGAGGUUGUGGAUAAUGUCUACAAGGCUGCGUCUAAUCAAGUUGAUUUUCAAACCAAGGCUGCUGAAGUAACUAAAGAAGUAAAUUUGUGGGCUGAAAAGGAGACCAAUGGCCUCAUUAAAGAGGUACUUCCUCCUGGCUCUGUUGAUAGUACGAGCAGGCUUAUCUUUGCAAAUGCGUUAUACUUUAAAGGAGCUUGGAAUGAACAUUUCGAUUCUUCAAAAACAAAGGACCAUGACUUUCACCUUCUAAAUGGAAACUCAGUUCAUGUGCCCUUCAUGACUAGCAAGAAGAAGCAGUUUGUCGAGGCCUUUGAUGGUUUCAAAGUUCUGGGGCUUCCUUAUAAACAAGGUGGAGAUAAGCGCCGUUUCUCCAUGUACUUCUUUCUUCCAGAUGCAAAAGAUGGGCUGCCAGCUUUGGUAGAGAAAGCGGCUUCUGAUUCUGGAUUCUUAGACCGCUACCUACCACAUCAAAAAGUAGAAGUUGGUGAUUUCAGAAUUCCAAGGUUUAAGAUUUCCUUUGGGUUUGAAGCUUCCAAAGUUCUUAAGGGAUUAGGACUUGUGUUGCCUUUCUCUGGUAGUGAAGGUUUCCCAGAGAUGGUGGAUUCCCCAGUGGGUCAGGACCUAUAUGUCUCAAGCAUAUACCAGAAGGCCUUCAUUGAAGUUAAUGAAGAAGGGACAGAAGCUGCAGCUGCUUCUGCUGCUAUAGUAACACUUAGGUCAGUGGCUCGUUUUGAUAAGAUAGAUUUUGUGGCUGAUCACCCAUUCUUGUUCAUGAUCAGAGAAGACAUGACAGGAAUGGUGAUGUUCAUUGGCCAAAUUCUCGAUCCUUUGACAGCUUGAUUGAUGCUGGAAAUGCAAGUAGAUUACGUUUUCGUUUGAUGUGGGGUUCUCAAACUUUGGCUUCAGUUGUGUUAGCUGUGUUAUGUAUGUGUUGCUUGUUUACUUUUUAAUGCCAUAUGUAAAUGCUAACCUCAUCGGAAUUUCUCUUGAUUGAGGAAAAAUGCUUGUUUAUGUAAUUAAGAAUGACCUUAUGUGGGAUCCGGAAGUAAGUUGUUUGUCUAUA